AAGUCAUCACAAACCAGAAGUCAGUCUAGUUUAGCGGAGAUCCGCCCAAUUUGGCAACCCUGCAGCUGCGUUAUGCAGUGAGUCAACACUGGAUGGAAACAAAGGAAAACUAGACUGGGACACGUAAAAACACGUGGAUUGGAAUGACAUUAUUAUGACAUUAUUUCUGUUCUGAGGCGUUUUGGAUCUAAUACCUCAAUCCCAUCACAGAAGAAACACCUGGUCUAAACUUUAUCGGACUGUAUCAUGUUGGCACCUGUUAGGACUGUGAGCUCUGAAAGGGGGGCAUGUCCUCUAUUGACUGUUCAGCCGAGUCGAGCACUGAUGGACGAAAAGUUUCAGAUUGUCAUAAUGAAUUUACUGCCAAAUCAAAAGGUGACGCUACACUCUCUACAUCAGUCAGAGGACAAGGACUUCUGGGAGGCAUAUGGACACUACGUCAGUGAUAAACACGGGACAGUGACAGUGGCCAAAGAUAGAUGUUUGGGAGGCACCUAUGAUGGCACGGAGCAGAUGGGAUUGAUAUGGAGCAUGAGGCCCAUACCAGGAAGUCGAUCUGGACUCAGGUUGCGCAAGACAAAUGUACUCACACCGAUGGUGAUUCACAUCUCAGUAUAUGGUGGGCAUCUAUCGCAAGGCUUCAGCCAGAUAACACCCCUGGCAACCAGUGUCACAGAACGAUGGUAUGUCACACCAGGUGUGCAGAGGGUGAACGUCAGGGAGAAAGGAGUACGAGCAACUUUAUUUCUUCCUCCAGGUCCUGGACCGUACCCUGGAGUGUUGGACCUGUGGGGAGGUGGUGGUGGUUUGGUUGAGUAUCGUUCAAGCUUGCUUGCAUCUCAUGGCUUUGCAUCCAUGGCACUUGAGUACCUUGCUCCUGAAGAGCUGAGAACAGCUGAAGUUGAUGUGGCAUAUUUUGAGAAAGCAUACCAGAUCCUGCAGAAUCAUCCAAAGGUACAGAGUAACCGUAUGGCAAUGCUCGGGCUGUCUUUUGGAAGUGCCGUCACACUCAGUAUGGCGGCCUACUCCAAAGUCAUCAAGCCCCAGUGCUGUGUUUGUAUCAGCGGAAGUCAUGUGUUUCCAGUCAAUAAAUCCCUCUUUGAAGUCUUUGAGGAUAUGAAAAAGUAUAUGGACAGAGUAGUUAUGAAUGAGGAGAACCAGGUGAUACACAGAGGCAUCAUCUUGCCCAUUCCCUCAGACCCAGCUCUUAAAGUGGACGUUGGGAAAAUAAAGUGUCCUCUUCUGUUGGUGAAUGCUGGUGAUGAUCAGAACUGGGCUUCUGUUGAAUCUGCUGAAGAUAUGGAGAUGAUGAUGGAGAAAGCAGGAAAUCGACACCUGUUGACGGUCCUGACGUAUCCUGAUGCGGGUCAUCUGAUUGAACCUCCAUACACGCCUCACUUCCGAGCAUCUAACUUCAUCCUGCAGGAUUUGAAACAGAAGAUUGUCAUGCUGUGGGGUGGACAGACUAAACCGCACGCAUACGCACAAGAGGACGCAUGGGAGAAGAUUUUAGGAUUUCUGCAGCAGCACCUCUACUUCAGUUCAAAAGCCAAACUGUAGCUCUGUCAUUUCCAACAAUUAAACUAUAUUUUAAAUAACGCUGAUAAUGAACAACAGCACUUGUUGUUACAUUUCACUUUGGUAUGUGGAAUA